AUGGAGGUGAGGAAUGAGACAACAAUCCAAGAAUUCAUUCUGGAAGGGUUUCCUGCAAUCCAGGACCUAGGGAAUAUCUUCUUCCUGAUCCAUCUGCUGGCAUACCUGGCUUCUAUCACAGGAAAUGUGGUGAUCAUCACCAUCACUUGGGUUGACCAUCGCCUCCAGACACCAAUGUAUAUUUUACUCAGCACGUUCUCCUUCUUUGAAUGCUGUUUUAUCACCUCAGUUAUUCCUAAACUGCUGUCCAUCUUUCUUUUGGGAAGGCAACCAAUUUCCUUUACUGCUUGUCUCAUACAAGCCUUUUCUUUUUUCUUUUUUGGGUCAAUAAUUUUCUUCCUCAUGGCAGUGAUGUCUCUGGAUCGGUAUGUGGCCAUUUGCAAACCUCUGCAUUACCCGACCAUCAUGAACCUGAAGACUUGCUUCCUCCUGGUCACUGCAUGCUUCGCUUUGGCCUUCCCUCUCAUCACUGGGCUGGUAUUGAAGGUUUCCUACUUAUCCUUCUGUGGCCCCCAUGUCAUCCACCACUUUCUCUGUGACCUUGGCCCCCUGAUUCAUCUCUCCUGCUCUGACACCAAACCUACUGAAAUGUUGACCUUUGUCCUCGCUUUGUUUAUCCUUAUAACAUCUCUUAUCAUAACCACCAUUGCAUACAGCAACAUAGUAGUCACAAUCCUGAGACUCCCAUCAGCCAAGGAGAAACAGAGAGCUUUCUCCACCUGCUCCUCUCACCUCAUGGUUCUCUUUCUGAUGUAUGGGAGCUGUGUGUUUAUGUAUGUGAAACCAAAGCAAACGAACAGGCUGGACUCCAACAGGGAGGCUGCCCUUGUGAACACGGUGGUGACCCCACUGCUCAAUCCUGUCAUCUACACUCUGCGGAACAAGCAGGUCCAUCGGGCUCUGAGGGAUGCUCUAUCGAGGUUGAGGACACAGAAACAGAGCUUUGGAGGCACUUAUCACUGCUUGGAGACAAAGCUUCUGAGAAGAAGCCUCAGGAACCAGAGGAGAUGA